AUGAAUCUCUCAUUUCAGUUUCUUUUUUCUUUCUUCCUUUCAACCAGUUGCAUUUUAUUAACUUCUGCCUCUCCCCUUUUUCUUUUGUCUUUCACCUUCUAUCUCUCUUUUGCAAAUUCUUUCUGCCUCUAUCCCUAUCUAUCUAUCUAUCUAUCUAUCUAUCUAUCUAUCUAUCUAUCUAUCUAUCUCAGGAUUUUAAUAGGUAUUUAUGUAUGUAUGUAUGUAUGUAUGUAUCUAUCUAUCUAUCUAUCUAUCUAUCUAUCUAUCUAUUUCAAUCGGUUUAUUAUUUUUCUUUCUUUCUUUCUUUCUAAGUAUUUGCACUUUCUAUCUAUCUAUGUAUCUAUCUAUCUAUCUCAGGAUUUUCAUUAUCUAUUGAUUUUCAUAUCUAUCUAUCAAUCUAUCUAUCUAUCUAUCUAUUUCCAUCGGUUAACUAUUUUCCUUUCUUUAUUUCUUUCUUUCUUUCUUUCUUUCUUUCUUUCUUUCUUUCUAAGAUUUUCAUAUCUAUCUAUCUAUCUAUCUAUCUAUCUAUCUAUCUAUCUAUCUAUCUCAGGCUUUUCAUAUCUAUCUAUCUAUCUAUCUAUUUCCAUCGGAUAA